AUGGGAGGGAGUUCCAUCAAAUAUAAUUUAAAGCGCAAGGACCUGGAAACCUUACUCCACGGGUCUACGCAGAGGAACAGAGUAAGAGGUCAAGCCCUACUACGAAAUCGAACGGCAAUUGAUCCAGAGGAGCGACCGAGGUGGUUGCAGGGAUUAUUCGGGAAUUGGGUCGAAUACCUCGGGGCCCAGGGGUCUCGGGGGACUGGUGGGUACGACAACCCCCCCUACAGCAGCUACGGCUUCGAGGAGCUUGCGCUGCUGGUCAAGAGAAAGGGCGGGCAAGAGGGAAACAACCGCAUCUUACCCUCGGAGGGCGGAUACAAGCGAGGUUGGGGAGUUGUAGUCUGCACGACAAACCGGUGCCGCUGGCGGGAAUGGAUGGUUGCUACCCUGACGGGUUGGAACGGUGAUCUCGAAGUGGUUUCUAACGAGCUGCCGGAGGAUUGCAGGUCAUGA